UGAGUAAAUUGUCUUCAUGCUUAAAAACGUAGUACAGUACAAAACUAGAGUACAAAACCCUUACAAAACAAACUGAAACUAUAUAUAAUAUAUUUUUGGAAACCCUUUCAACUCCAUUCAGAGGAUCAUGACCUCGCAAUGGCAAAACGAGAUGAUGAAGAUUGCACGCCAGGUGAAGCGGAAUCUCCCGCACCGAAACUUCCGGGAGAUAAACUUCGAUCGCGCGACCAUCAGGGAGGGAAUUACUCGUCUCACGUACGACGUGGCGCGCAGGAUGAAGGGUCCUGUUUACGAGGCCCUGGAAGACGAAUUGCGCCGGUCAGGUUGCACCAUGUUGCCGGAGUUCCUGCAUUGCCUGGCCACCAAGGAGCAGGCACUUUUCGAGAGCCUAAAUAUCCGCGAGAGAAUCUCCGAUGACUCGGAAUUGCUCUACGGAAUGGUGGACCGACUGAGGGAUGCUGAAUUGGCCGUUUGCCAAAACAAACACCGCGGUCUUAAGACCUGUUUUGGGCUCUUUUUCGAAACCAUGCAGCUUUUGGAGCCCUAUCGCCAGAAGUACGGAUACGCACUGGUGGCCCUAAAUGAGCACAUUAUUUCGCUCUGUCGAAACAUCGAGGGUCAAGAACGAGAGGCUGCCGAGUCCAUCUCACGAAUAUAUUACUCGUACGCUUUGUAUCUGGUGAACACGGGUCAGCGGGCCUCGGCCAUCGAUUACUUUCAGAUCGCCAUGGAUCUGGUGAGAGGUCAUGUGUGGACCGCCGAGGUGGGAAUGCCCGCCGGCAGCCUAACGCUCCACGAACUGGUGGCCCAGAAUCUCGCCAGGCAGCUGCUCAUCCAGGGAAAGGUUAUCGUUCGCCAGCAUCCCGAGGAGGCGAUCGCCAUGGCCAGAAGGGCCACCGUUCUAAUAGCAGAAAUUGGGAGAUCAAAGAACAUGGAAAUAUUUUGUGACACCUUCUUGGAGCGUGCUUUCUUUCUGAUGGAGAUGGGGAACUACAAUUCGGCCCAGCAGUGUCUAGACCAAAUUCGCACUCAGAUUCUGGCCUGCACGGAGUAUCGUUUUGUUAAGCUGAACAUAAAGUACUACCUAUUCCAGGGGCAAUGCUCAGAGAUCUUUGAGCAUGUGGACAAGGCCAUAUCUUGCUAUAAGCGAGCUUUACGCUUGUCCCGACUUUACACCCAUAGAGAUUUGGAGGCAGAGAUCCUUCUCCAUUUGGGAAAGAUCUUUGCCAAGGACACUCAGAUGACGAGCAUUGCAAAGAAAUGCUACGAGCACGCCAAGCGCAUUUACGUGGACUUCAACGAUCAGCACAGCCGCAAGAUGGCCAACUAUUUGCAGGCCAAGUUGAUGGCUGAUGAGAUCACACCACUGUACAUGGCCAUGUUAAAGGCAUCCACAACUCGGUACUGCGCCUUCUUCAACCUUCGCCAGUGGAAGAACCGCUGUCGUCCCUUCUGGAAACGAUUGGGAGACGAGAUCAUCAAACAGGAGACUGAUAGUAUCUACUGUCUGCUGGACGAGGAGAAGGAGGAUCCUGGCCACGAUGUGGCACUCUACGACGAUGUCGAUCUCAAGACAUUCAAGCUGGAGGAAGGCGACAUCUAGGAUAUCCCUGCUCUCCUCUAUGUUGAUAAAAUUGUAUUGUUUAUUUGCUCAUAUUGUUAAAUUAAAUGUUUUCGGCAAGCA